GUGCUGUUAUGGCUGCCAGCGGGUUGACGGCGAGCGCCGGCGGCUCGGCCAGCGAGGCCCCCGAGGUUCCGGACAACGUGGGCGACUGGCUGCGCGGCGUCUACCGCUUCGCCACCGACCGGAAUGACUUCCGGAGGAAUUUGAUCCUCAAUUUGGGACUCUUUGCUGUGGGAGUGUGGCUGGCCCGGAGUUUGAGUGACAUUGAUUUGAUGGCACCUCAGCCAGGGGUGUAGCCAGAAUGUUUCAGUGUGAUGCAACUGACAUGCGCUCUGCUUUGCCUGUGCACAGACACCAGAGGCAGAGGACAGCACAGUAGCCCUGACACUGCACAGCUCUUCUGCAACAAAGAUCCUAAGCACCACCUCCCUAACCUAUGCUGCUGCUUCCGGUGCCUGAUGUGUUGUCUGUGGUUGCAGUAGCACCUUCAUGAGGAUAGCUCAAGUGGAGACAGCGGGUUUCAGUUCCAACUUAUUUUAAGUGAUUUUAUCAUUCUCAUAUGUUCAAGUCAGCAAAGCAUUGGCUUUAUAAAGUCCCUAAUCUGCUUACCAGUCCUGCUGAUAGCUGUUCUAAAACUGUUCUAAAACUAAAAAAUUGAAUUAGAACCUUUUAAUGUUCCUUUAAGUGUUUAUAUUGAUUAAUAUGUUUCCCCUCUGCGCAGACAGAUGUAUUCUCUGCCUUCAAGUUCUCUUUCUAGAACAAACACAGGGUUUAAAGAGCAAUCUGGUCUUGUUUCCUUUUUUACUCUAAAUAAUUUUUGUUUUUCAGACAGGGUCUCCCAGUGUAGCCUCAAACUCAUGAUCCUCCUGCUUCAGCACUCAGCAAGUGCUAGCCUUACUUGGUGUACCACCACACCUGGCUUUGUUUUUGAAAGGGCCUUUCCUACCAUGGUAACAAAUCAUCACCAUCAUGCCACCUUAGUAAUUGGACUUCAGGGGUACAGCUUUACAUUAGAACCUCAGGCAGUGUGGGCAACUAGGACACUUUAAAACAGUGCCCAGGAGAGGAGGAGCCCUAGCAAAGCUCACAAAAAAGCCUGCAAUAGACAGUAAAAAACCAAACAGCACAAAAAUGCCAUACGUUAUCGCUUCCAAAUAAAAGCUAAAUAUCACAGAAACCUCACAGUGUUGUAAAAAAGCAAGUUUAAAUCUAGCAUGCUAUCCCUGUCAGGAAGAGCCACUUUCUGUCUGAUUUUUCCAUGUCCUAGUGAUAUCUGGCAGGCCUGUAGGAGAGUUCACCUCAAAUGAGGGCAGCAGUAAAUGCUACACAUGUGCCUGGGAAAUGCAGCUGCCUCCUUCAGCCUCACCAUCCCUGUUCCCCACCCCUUCAACACCCUUAAAGUGACAACUGUACUACCCGAAUUCAAACAUUAACACAAGCUACUUAAUCAAAAGAGAGCAUUCACUGGGGAGGCUGCAGUGGCCACUGCAAAGAGAAAAAGGCUUUACUGUGCCUGAUAGGGAGGAAGGCUCUGGGUACUCGAAUUCCAUUUAGAAAUGGAAUGAAUUCCAAAGAUGUGAUUUUACUAAUACCAGAGUAAAAGACAGGGAGUCUUGCUCUGUUCCUCAUGGACAAAGUGGCAGAUGAGAAUAAAUAGCAGACUGGGAACAGAAUAGGCAAGGGCCACAAGCACACGGUCAGUCCCUAAGCACUGCUCACACCUGAGAGAGGCAAAAGCUUCCAAGCUUGCAGAUACCCAUGUUCUGGGUGGAGGAAAGAAGCUGCAUGCCACACAAGGUGAGACCCCAGGAGCAGCAGGCAGUCAGACAAGCCCUGCUCACCCUCACUGCAUUCUGAGAUGGCUUCUGACAACUGACCCAAAGACCAAUCCAAAGCAAACCAUGACUGUUCCAGACCUGAGCCAGGGCCCUGCUCCAGGACUGGGAAGUCAGGAGUGUCCGUGGCUCACCAUGUGCAGACUGUGGUGCACUGGUCUCUGGCUCCUUCUCUGACCACCUCUUCAAAAGGAAGGACUGGCUCAUGACUUGGCUUCCCAGUGUGCAGUGCUGAGAUGGCAGUGGCAGCUUGGGAGAAGCCCCAUGUGAAAGCUUCACACUUGGCAUGGGGACAUCUGCUGCAUGCCCCUCACCCCAUCUUCAACUCUCUCCUAAGAAGGAAUUCUGCAAGCCCUGACCCUUGAUGGUUACCUCGUUUAUGUGGAUAAAUCCUGUGACUUUCACCUUGGAACCAGUCUGUCUGGCCAGCUGCCAGCCUCCGCAACUCCUCAUGUGGUCUGCAGUGCCGCGAGGAGGUCCCGAUUGGUAGGGAACUCAUGACAGAGCAGACAGAACGAUUGCUCUUCCUGCCUGGUCAGUUACCCUCUCCUCUACCCAGAGCCCUCUGUUUUCCAGAAGCAACUGACAAGAGAAUCUUCAUAGAAGUUACUCCUUUAGAUUGGUUUUAUGAAAGGAGGGAAUUUCCAUGUGUUUUCAAAAGAAAGUGACUACCAAUUUUUUGACAGGGCAGGAAUCACGGGGCAUUGUGUCCCCUAGACCCAGUGAGGCAAACCCAGUACUCUUACUGUGGCAAGCCUUAUUUCCCAAGAGGGAAAAUGGAAGGGCAUUUUGAUGCAUGCCUACCAGUCAGGGAAAUGUGUAUGUUCUGUGUUCGUCCUUGCUGCUGGACUGCACCUGAGCUCGGAGAUGGGGUUCUGAGAGUUUUGCACUGCCCUGAACUGUUCUUCGGGUGUAAAAAAGAAUGUAGGCCUGGGUUUUGCACACUUCCUCGACACUGCACACAUCCAGCUUUGAGUCAUUGCAGUGGACCCAAAAACCUAGGAAGCGAAAGGAGAGAAAGAGAAUGACAACCUGGUUUAUAUCUGACAGUGGCAGCCAGGAGAUGGGGGAGAACAUUGGGGCAAUAGAGAGACCUUUUGGUUACUGGUAUGGAGGGAGGGUAAGUGAAUGACACCAGGCUCCCCGUAACCACUGGCUUUCAUCCCACCAAACUCCACCACAAAGACUUCCCUACAGUAUUGACUAACCAAUUUUUGUCCUCGUUUUCUUUAUACACUAUAGCUCUACAGAGGCAGCCAGGACAUGAGCAUUAGGCACAGGAAGAGGGGAAGAGGAAUGGAGGUAGAGGGGAUUGAAUACAGUGCUUGUUUAUAGGCUUGGGCUGCUGAAAAGCUGCUUACAGCCCAUCUGUGUCAGUGGAGCAGCUGGAGACUAGCCUGGGAGAGGGCUGAGGCACCUCUGGAGGGGCCCUGAGACCCAUACUCCUCAAGGUAAGGGAGCUAGUGAGGACACAGAAAGUGUCCUAAAUGUCCUCAAGAGUUAUCUGAGUGAAGCUAGACAGAGCUGUAACAUAUGUAUCACCAUGAAGCCCCGUCACAUUGAGAAGGAAGCUGAGGUCAGCAGAGUUUUUGUACCUAGCCAUAGUAAUCUCAUCAGUAACUAAUACUGCUGCUGCUGCUGUGCUAACCUCCAGCACUGGAUCUAAGUCCUUUAAUAUAACCUUACAUCCUGACUAAACCCCCAACUUUCCUAAUGCUUCUCAUUGAGUUUUAAUAUAUGUAACUUCUCCCUAGCUGACCCAGGGGAAUGAAAAUAAUGGAAAGCAAUAACGUGAACAAACCAACCCUUUUCCAUGUCCCCGACCCCACAGUAAAGCGCACGCACCUCCCUCUGUGUUGUAGCAAUAGGCUGUGUAGUGUCCUGAGCCAAACCCUUUCCCGUGAUGCAUGACCACUGCGGAGAGAUCAUAGGCAAAGGUCUCUUUGUCAAGAGAGGAGAGCAUGUCCCUGCAGCAGUAAGGUUCCAUGGUUAAUACCUGGUCAAAGACGACAUGGACCCCAAUCUUCUCACGAUGAUUACGGCCAGACCACCUACAACAUGAGAUGAAUUUCUUACUAGUGAAGACUUGUACAAGACAGUUAACCAGAGAGCUGAGAAGCACAGCUUUUUUUUUUGCGUUUGCCCUUACUAAUCAAAAUCCACGUGGAUAUCUGCUGUGGAAGUCCCCAUGGAGUAUUUGGCCAGAGAAACCCUUAAAGAAGCAGUUUAGAGCCUAGCCGUGGCGGCACAUGCUUUUAAUCCCAGCACACGGAGGCAGAGGCAGUGAUUCUCUGAGUUCGAGGUCAGCAGGGUCUAUAGAGCAAAUUCCAAGACAGCUAAGGCUAUACAGAGAAACCCUGUCUCGAACCACUCUGCCUCAACAAAAGAAAGAAAAAAGCAGUAGUUUAGGCAUAUCCUCUGUAUACUGCCUGCUCCUUUCACUGGUUCUUUUAUGGUGUAUCUUUAGGAUGAAUUUGCAUAAACAAGGCUAGGAGAGUAUUGGCAGGCAUUAGCUAGAAAUGAAACAGGGCGAGAGAGCAGAAGCCCAGGCUGCUGGCUCGAACAUCGGUUUGUCAUACUGGACAAGAAUGACUCUCCAAGGCAAGUGCAAGGCCCCACAGGAAUAGGCUUCCCUUUCCCAUUCUAAAAACCACAUAUGUCCUCCCAAGCCCUUGAAGCAGCUAUCCCAAAGCUCACCUGAAUCUUUUAAGGUGUAGCCGGAGGACCUGAGGUAGUCUGUAGAUCAUUAACUGCUUCCUAGCUUCACUUAGAACAAGGGGUUUGGGGUUGGAUUUUCGUCGUUUGCCUGUGUGGUUUGAGAAGGUGUAAGACAUAGGCAGUGAGGAAAUCAUCCACAGUCUAGAAUAGACCUCACUUUAUUAUUUAAAGUAGUAAUGUGGCACAUCCUAAACUUGCCCGCACCUCAGCUUCACAGGCCUGAAUGCAGUGGCUCUGGACUGUGGCUAAGAUGAAAGGAGCAAUAGGACCCUGAGGAAACCCUGAGAAUUGGGGCUUUGCACUUGAUAGUGAAGCGGAAGGAGCCUCCAUUCCUCCGUGACCAUAUAUAUAGCCACAUGCUGGCCUCGGAGUGUCCUCUAGACUUCUAAUAUAUGACAGUCACUGCUGUUGGCUCUUACAAGCAGCCAAACCUGAUCCUGAUAGCCAUCAGCAGCUUCCCAAAGUGGUGUAUAUUCCUGAUAGUACAUUCCAGGUACUCUGGAUUGUUUAUAGACUAUAAAAGGUACCUGCUACCACAGUGUACAAAGUACGUUGAAUACACCAGCUGUCUAUGCUUUUACAUUCCUAUCAUUUAAAUUAUCAUGUGCUAAAGUCUAAAAGGCUUUCCUUUUACAUGAGUUAGGCCUAGCCUUACUUCCCUGCUUAUAACUAUCUGCAUACCAAAUGAAGAUGUUAUUCAACAGUCUGAGGCUCAGCUCCCUCACCAGGAGAGAUAUAAUUUUGCUUUGAAUGUUACAUAUAUUUGGGGCUUAGGAAAAAAUACAAUAAAGUGUGAUUAAUAAAGGGCAGAAUAGAAAGCAGAUUUUUCCCAACAUGUUUUGCAUAUGAUAUAAACAAAUGUUUAGAAAAUAAACUUGGGUUGCUAUGGUGGCUAAUCUUGUUUGUCACCUUGAUUCACCUGGGAAAAGGGAGCACUAUUUGGGGAAUUGUUUACAUUAGAUUGGUGUGUGGCCAUGUGGAAGUUCCUUGAUUCUUGAUUGUAGGAGAGCACAGCUCAUGUGGGCUGCACUACCCAUGGGCAACUGGAUCUCAGUGGUAUAAGAAAGGUAACUGGCUGGAAGCAAGCCAGUAAGUAGCUUUUCUGCAUGGUUUCUGCUUCAGGCUCUUACCUGAGUUCCUUCCCUUCCUUCUCUUUAGGAUGGACAGUAUAUAACCUGUAAACUAAAAUAAACACUUUCCCCAAGUUGCUUUGGGUCACACUGUUUAUCAUAGCAACAGAAGCAAACUAGGACAGUAGUUUUGUGAUUUUAUGCCACAGUUUUUGAAAUGGGUUUCUUUUUUCCUUUUUUUGGAGAAAGGGUUUCUCUGUGUAGCCCUAGCUGUCUUUGAACCUACUCUGUAAACCAGUGCCUGCCUUGACCUCCUGAGUGCUGGGAUUAAAGGUGUGUGUACCACUGGCUGUCUGACUGUGUUUCUUUAGACAUGGCGGGAAAGCAGCCAAGUUUAUCUAGUCCAAAAUAAUAAUGCUGACUCUAAUUCUGAUUAUAAACAACUGACUUGUAAGUGAAAUGGACCUCUAAAUCCUUAGGAAAUAGACAAGGGAAUAAAACUUUCUUUUCUUUUUCUUUCUUUCUUCCUUUCUUUUUUCCUGGAAUGAAGAGAUUUAAAGUGUGGGGACAGGGGUGAGGAGAGAGAGAGACAUAGAGAGAGACAGUGGGAGAGCAUAGAAGAGAAAGAGGAGCAUGGUGGGGACUGAGAGGGAGGGGAGGGAAGAGGAGAGAAACCGAAGCAGAGAGAGUGGGAGAGAGGAGAGAGAGAGAGAGACAGAGACAGGGGUCUUUUUUCGAAAAAUAUUUUCAUUAAUUUCAAUCAGAGAGCUCUGUAAGCACUUACUGACUCAUAAGACGCAAUCAGAUGGGACACAACAUUCGUGGUCCACUGUCUCUAAGCUGUUGCUCAGAGGCUCAGAGUAGAAAGCAUGGCAUCUGAUGUCAAGUCCUGUCUAUUGCACAUGUGAGAACAGCACUCUGUGAUAACAGGACAUUAGGGUUAGCUGUUCAGGGCAGGCUGCAUCAGAGUGUGUCUGCUGCUGGAAGACCUUGACCAGCCAGCCACCAGUCAUGACAUGUGGGAUAAGCAAAGAAGCACUCAAAGAGGGGCUUUGCCCUAUUCUCUUCCUGUUUUGUAGCUCUGCUUAGGAAGAUGGCAAUGACUACAAUCCACAGCAGAGGGAGUAUGUGAGCUAUGAUGAAAAUGUAGACUCCGGCUUUGUUUCCCUAAAAUGAAGUUCACAAAGAAACAGAAAUUACUGACUCAGUUGAGACCGACAGGUUUUGUCUCUGUUUAAUUAAGCAAAAAUACAGAAAGGAAGAAGAGUGCCAGUCCUCAAAUCUCAAAAGCAUGAAACCAAUGCAGUUCAGGCCUGCUAGAGCUUUUCUUCUACAUUAUCAGUGGCAUAAAGUCCUGACAGAUCUAAUGGCUAGAUGUGCCAUUAGAAAAGGAUAACUUCUUGAAAAACUAAGAGUAUUUCCUGCCUAAUCUGUCAUAUCCAAAAAUGAGAAAGUUGUUUGUUCCUUAUAGGUAAAAAACUUUGGCUGGGCAUGGUGGUGCAUGUCUUUGAUCCCAGGACUCAGGAGGCAGAGGAAGGCAGAUCUCUGAGUUUGAGGUCAGCCUGAUCUACAGAGUAAGUUCUGGGACAGCCAGGAUACAGAGAGAGAGGAGAGAGAGAGAGAGAGAGAGAGAGAGAGAGAGAGAGAGAAA